GAAAACAAUGCUAAUAUAGAAAUAUUUAACAAAAAACACGAAACACCACUGCAUUGGGCUUGUCAAAACGGCCAUAUUGAGUUAACAAAGUUACUUUUAAAUAGACGAGCAAAUUUGGAAGCAAAAGACGGAAAUGGUGCAACUCCCUUAAUGCAAGCAUGCGAAGGAGGUCACAUAGAUGUCAUAAAAUACUUAAUUGAAAAAGAUGCAAAUUUGAAUACGCUCGCGUGUGAUCAAAGCUCAUGCUUACAUGUAGCUGCAUAUAACGGACAUUUAAAUGUAGUAAAGUAUCUUGUAAAUGACAAAAACGUGAAUAUUAACGCUGUUGAUGAUGAAGGUUGGACUCCAUUGCAUUUCGCUACUAUGAAAGCUUAUUUCGAAAUUGUGAAAUUCCUUGUAGAUAACGAGGCAAAUGUAGAUGUGCGAUGUCAUAAUAAUGCCACUGCUCUCAAUUAUGCCUAUAGUUUAGACAUCGCUAAAUACCUGAUUGAUGUUGGCAAAGCUGAUUUAAAUAAUUUAGACUAUUUAGGAAGAAAUAUUUUGCAUACAGCUUGUGUCUGUGAUGAAAUAGACAUCGUAAAAUACUUGGUAGACGAUAAAGACAUGGACAUUACAAUCAGAGACAUUAGAAAUAUCACACCAUUACACUUGGCGACUCUAGAAGGUGCUCUAGAUAUUGUUAAGUACCUUGUACAAAAAGAAGCCGAUAUUGAUGUUAUAGACGAAGAUUUAAGAAAACUAAUACAUUAUGCUGCACUGGGUGGUCAUUUGGACCUAUUGAAAUAUCUUAUUGAAGAGAAAAGUGCUGAUUUUAUGGACAAAGAUUUCAAUGGAAAAACUGUAUUAGAUUUAGCCGCGUCUAAAGGCCAUCUUGAUAUAGUUAAGUUUUUAAUAGAUGACAAGCGUAUGGACUGUAAUUUAAAAGAUUUAGGCGCUUCAGUGCUACGUGAAGCUUGUGAAAAAAAUAGAUUGGAAGUCGUUAAAUAUCUGAUUGAAGAAAAACACGCCGACAUUUCUGUUAAAGAUGUUGAUGGUGUAAAUAUACUACACUGUGCCAGUGUUGGUGGGUUAGAGACGGUGAAGUAUCUUAUUGAAGAGGUAAACUUAGAUCCAAAUGGAAGAGACAACGGUGACUGGGCACCUAUACAUAUGGCAGUAACUAACAAUCAUAGAAGUGUAGUAGAAUAUCUAGUUACUACAGCAAAAGUAGACGUAAACUCUAGAACGGAUUAUGGAUUUACACCAGUGCUUUUGGCUGCUAGUAAAAAUUUACAGCUGUUCAAGUAUUUCGUCGAAGAUUUAAAAGUUAAUUUUAAAGUUUCAAAUAAUGAAAACUUAACUCCUCUUAAUUUUGCGGCCAAUUGUGGUCAGUUUGAUAUUGUUAAAUAUCUUAUAGAUGAAAAGCAUGAUGAUGUUAAUAUGGUAGAUUCAGGUGGUAGGACAAUAUUACAUGAGGCUGUCGAAAGCGGCUAUAUUGAAAUGUUAGACUAUCUUAUUAGAGAAAGACAAAUAAAUUGUAACGUUAAGGACAAUGAUAAUUUGACACCGUUUGCAUUUGCUGUGAAAAGGAAUAUGACGGACGUGGUUAAGUAUUUUUUGGAUAAUUUUGACUGGGAAGAAAUUGGUGAUAGUGUUGUUUUGAGUAUAGUUAAUGAUUGCGAUGGAGAGGUUAAACAAUUAUUUAGAAAUAGAGAUAUUAUAGUAAAUGAAUAA